AUGACAACAACACCAGCAACAGCAGCAGUAUUCGGCUGCACAGGCGCAGUCGGCUCCCAAAUCCUAGCAACCCUCCUCACAACAGAACAAUUCCAAUCUGUGAACACAAUCUCAAGAAGACUCCCAAACAACAGAUCCCCAAAACUACAAUCCCUUCAAGAACCAGACAUCUUCAAAUGGGCCGAUAUGAUCUCAACCCUAUCUCCAAAUCCAACAACAGUCUUUAAUGUAGUUGGAACAAUGGGAAAUGCACCGGGCGGCCUAGCAAACCAAUGGAAAAUCGACCACGACUCAGUCAUCGAGAAUGCCAAAGCGGCCAAGGCGGCCGGUGUGAAGACUUAUAUUUUCAUUUCUAGUGGUGGAACUAGAAGUUUGCUUUGGGGGUGGGUGCCGUACUCGCGAAUGAAAGUUGGUGUUGAGAAUGCUAUUAAGGCGACGGAUUUUGAGACCGCUAUUGUUCUUCAUCCUGGGAUGAUUAUUGGUAGGGAGAAGGCUAAGCUUGUGUUUUUGGAGAGGUUUAUGGAGGGGUUGAAUAAGUUGGGGCAGGGUGUUCAGGAUAAGAUUGGCAUGGUUUUGAUUACUCUUACUAUUGUUACUGUUAUUGGUCGGGCGGCUGUCGCUGCUGCUCGGAUGGCCGAAGCUGGAAAUGCACCGUCGAAAUAUUGGGUUGUGGAACAGCCUGAUAUUAUCAGGCUUGGGAAGGAUGAGUGGAAGAUGUAA